AUGUCGCAGCCCCAAAAACGACCGAGUGAGGACGUCGAUCAUGAAGACGGGAAGCGUCCCAACCCCCAGCGCACCCCCAGGAUCCGAGCCUGCGCGGAGUGUAAGAGGCACAAGAUUAAGUGCGACCCAGUUGAUGGGGAAGCCAAAUGCGCCAAAUGCCUGCGCAGCGGUACGGAAUGCGUGCCGUACAACAUGAACCAACGUCUUUUGGACGAAGACGCCUCAUGGAAAGCGAAUGCAGCCAUGGAGAUUGCACAGUUGCGCGCUGCAGUUUCAACACUCUUACGACUCAAUAAGCUCCCGGAGCUGGACCACAUCAAAGACCUGCCAGAAUCAUCACCAGAGCCGCGGAGGCAAUCGGAAUCCAUCAUGAAAGUAAGCCCUGGACAUAUCGUUAACGAAAACGGCACUGCGAUGGUUGUCCCACCUAUUGCCAUGGACAUGACGAGGGAGAACUCUGUGGAGCGUGAUUCAGUUGAAGACACCGACCUCGUUACAGCCCCAAUGCGAAGCCUCUACGAUCUGACGCGGAUUCGCAACCUUCGCAGUAACGUCAAAUUCAGACCCGGUCGAAAUCCAGAGCUUGAAGAUUUUAUCGCCCAAGGCGUAAUAUCAUUACCGGAAGCCGAGGAUCUCUUUAGGCACUACUUCCAGGGUCUUCGAUUUUAUCUGUGGGGUGGCGUGCUGUGCCCCUACGACUCUUUGGAUACUGUUCGCCGACGCUCUUCAUUACUUACGGCUGUUGUUCUCACAAUCGCAGCGCUUCAUACGCCAGGUCGAGAUGAAGCGCUGGAGAAAUGCUACGGCGUUUUUGUGUCCGGUGCGUAUAGCGCUUGCUUGUCGAGGGUCCAAAAUCUGGACGACAUCCGCGCACUACUACUUGCAGCCUUCUAUUUGUCCAACCUCAGCUGGAAACUCUCGGGCGCAGCUGUUCGAAACGCUACGGAGAUGAACCUGCACCAAUCGUUCCACAAGCUGAUGCGAGGCCACGAGGACCACAGAGAUAAGGUCCGCCUGUGGUAUGUGCUGUAUGUUUGCGAGCAUCAGCUUAGCAUUGCAUACGGGCGGCCACCCAUUAUCCAUGAAGACAUCGCAAUUAAGAACAUUGAACAGUUUCUCGACAGCCCCGAGACCAAACCAGGCGAUAUCAGAUUGGGCGCGCAGGUCACUCUUUUCAAGAUCCUUACUGAAGCAUACAUCGCAUACGGAAGCGAUCCAGAGCAGCCCCUCACCGAGCCCGACUUCCAACGAUUGCGCAUGUUCAACUUUGCUAUUGAACAAUGGAGGCUAGCAUGGCAAGCGAGGUCGGUCGACAGUCAGCUCAUUGGAUCAUAUCCAUCCAAGGGUGUCGUGCUGUAUUACCAUUUUGCUCGUUUCCAGUUAAACUCUCUAGCGCUCCGCGGGCUACCACCACCAAGUGCUGUCACAUCGGAGACGCUUUCCUACGACCGGCGCGAAGCCGCUAACAUCGCAAUUACCGCGGCAACAAGUACACUCACACUCAUUUUCGAAGAACCUGAUCUUCGAAGAGCCAUGUCUGCGGUUCCCAUCUUUACGCACACUAUGAUAGCAUUUUGCGCAACAUUCUUACUCAAAAUGGCAAAGACUUGGGGAAGUGCCGCCCAAGUACGAUCGCCAGAGUCAGCAGGCGAACCAAUAGGCCUUGGUCUCAAUUUCAACACAGCUCAAGUGGUUUCUCUUGCAAGGAGGUCGGCGACGUUCCUCGCCAAAGUUGCUGAGAACCUAAGCGAAAAGCAUCUUACCAGACACAUCGUGCACGGUGUUAACCUUCUUCUCAAGCAGCUAGAUAUGAUGGGAACACCCUCAAGCUCGGUAGAUCACGCUUUUCCUGCCUACAAUGUGCCGCAAGGGCAGCAGGGCCACGGGCACGGAUACGACCCCAACCAACCGAACGGCAUUGCGGCAGUUGACUUUGGCCAUGGGGACAUAGAAAACUCUUAUAACAUGUAUGAUUUGAUUGGAUCAUAUGGCUUUGGGAUGGAUGAAGCAUUCCUGGGUCAAGUGGCUUCGACAGAUCUUGACUUUUGGCAAACCGAUAACUUCUGA